AGUAGUACCUUCCUCUUUCUCUUAACUCUCUCUCGUUCCCUGCGAAAAUCGAAGAACCCUAAUAAUCCUUUUCGCGUUCGUUUUCUCUGUAGAUCUCACCAUCUAGCCUUAUCCCAUGCAUUUCGACUGAAAUUUAGAGGAAUCUACGUCUCUGAAGAUCCAAAACGCUGUUCUCUUCUCUAAUCUCGUUUCAGAUCGUUGUUUAAGGUGAGAAGCAAUGGGUGCGGGGAGGAUGAAAGAGACCUAUACGUUGGCUCCGGAUAGCCUUAACACAUAUGUGAACUGGAGCGUGAGGAAUCUCGAGAAGAGAGAUCUCUGUGGAGUUAUAUUCGGAUGCAAGUUCAGCACUAUCAAGGAGGAGUGUUACGCUGAGAAGCUUUUUGGUUUGCCAGCUGCUCACAUGGCGUAUAUCAAGAACAUUGAUCCUGGUUUGACGCUGUUUCUGUUUAACUACAGUGAUAGAACGCUUCAUGGUAUCUUUGAAGCUGCUAGUGAAGGACAGCUGAACAUUGAUCACAAAACUUGGUCUCCUAAUGGGACUGAUCCGAGUCCUUACCCUGCUCAAGUAAAGAUGCAAGUCGGCGUGAUUGCUGAUAAUUACAAGGAUGAGAAGAUGUUUUGGUUUGAGCUGGACCGAGAUCAGACAAGCAAGCUGCUCCGUAUGUUUUCACCACCGUCGCCGUAUGUAAGGGCAUCUUCUCUUGUGGAGAUAGGUGACGUGGGAGCAACACGGGUUGAUAAGUGGAGCAGUCUUUUCAAGUCUUCAGAUGAUUCGGGGUUUCUGGAAGCGGUUAGCCGGUUUAGUGAAUCGAUUCUGGAAGGACUAAACAUGAUUUUGGAGGAUCCUAGCGAUAGCUUUAACUCUUGUGGGACUAGAGGAGGACAGCUCAACAUUGAUCUCAAAGCUUGGUCUCCCAAUGGGACAGAUCCGAGUCCUCCUUACCCUGCUCAGGUAAAGAUGCAAGUCCGCGGGAUUCCUCCUCAUAAUGCUGAGGCGAAGAAGAGAAUGUUGCUGGAAGGGGGUUCUGAUCCAAAUGCUGGUGACAAUUCGAAGGAGCAAAAGAUAUCAGUUAUGGAGAGACUUGUUUCAAAAGAUCAAACAGAGGACUGGAGCAUACUGGUGCAUGCUGGUAGAUGCUGUGGUGUUGAUCCUGGUGAAGGAGAUAUCUUCAUUUGCAAUGUGACUUUCAACGACGAUCCCCGUGAAGAUGACAAUCUGCGAUACGAUGAUCUUCGAGCUCCAGAUGUUGAGGUGUACUUGGGAAUCAAUAGCACCCGGGAAGAAUCUAUUAUUGGCUACUUGAACACCCUGACUCAGCCGCAGCUGGACUUCCUUUCUCCAAUUAGAGUUAGUGGAAAGAUCACUUUAGCUCAUAGCGCAUAUUCUACUCUGCGGUUCAGUGGAUAUAGAUAUGGUCAUCAGCUUCAGAUUCAGCCAACACUACCAAUGGAUAAAAUAUGGCGACUUAAUGUUGAUUUAACGACUAAGAUAAUGUCAAACAUAGGUCGCUGUGCUGACGUUGCUCGAGUAGAGCUAAUCUCGAAGAUGUUCGGUGUGGCUGGUCACAAUCCUUCUGUAUACGAGAACGUGAACCUAAGCAACCAUGCGGCAUCACAAGAACUCACUGCACUUAUGUGCAUGAGGCGUGCUGCUGGUAAAAUAAGGUCUUUUGAGAUUGGUCUCCCUGGUAGAACUACACCAAAUUACCUUUACACCAGAAGAGUUCUACGGCCAUUUCAGUAUCUUGGGGGGCUUUUGACAAAGCUAUCCCUCUUUGGGCUACCACAACUCAGUUCAACAGAGGAUUUGCAACCCAUUUUUGCUCGUUGCCCUUUGCUGACGGAAUUCCAGCAAAAGAAUGUUUCGAUGUAUAACACAGAUCCAAUGCCAGUGAACAUGGUGUUACAAAGUGUCACUGAACACUGCAAAAGCCUGGAGGUAUUGGUUUACGAUAAUAGCGAUGGUCCAGAUUGGCCAAGAAUGGGGAUUGAUAACAUCACCUCGUUGGCGUUUGUGGGAACAUGCACAAGGGUCAAGAAUCUUAGUCUCUGUGGCGUCACCGUACCAGAAGAAGUGAUGAGAGUGAUCCUCGAGGGACUCGGGAGACUAGAGAAGCUAGAUUUAUCCGUGUCUAGAGGAUUUACCGGAAGUUUCUUAUUCGAUGCUGCGGAUGAUACAAAAAUACUUCGAGUUAUAAAACUUGAACAUUGCUAUGAUCUCGAAGAGGUGCAACUUCGGUUAUUUUUCCUGAGGCUACGUGAAGGGAACUACCCCAACAUGCGUAAUAUCGUGGUCAAAAGUGGAACUACGUGGGGAGAUACUCUAACGGCGGGAUUUGAAACACGUAUUGGGGUAGCCGACUUGCUCUUAGAAAGAGCUAUUGAGAUAGACGCAACUUUUGAGUAUGCGAACCAGGAACCAGAGGCGUGGGACGACUUUUUUGAAGAAGUUAACGAUCAAGAAGCACCUAACGAGCUUAAUCAAGAAGAGUUGAUGGACGGUCAUGAAGCACAGAACGAGCUUAAUCAAGAAGAGUUGAUGGAUGAAGAAGUUGAGGCAAUGGAGGAGGAGUUGUUUGAUGAAGAUGAUGAUAGUGAGACUGAUGAGGAGGAUGACUCGAUAUUGGACGAUCAAGAAGCACAGAACGAGCUUAAUCAAGAAGAGUUGAUGGAUGAAGAAGUUGAGGCAAUGGAGGAGGAGUUGUUUGAUGAAGAUGAUGAUAGUGAGACUGAUGAGGAACAUAACCCGAUAGAUCAUGCCAAUAGGAUGCAAUACAUCUACUGGUGGGGGUGAAGAAGAAGAUGAUUGAGUUCUCAGUAGCUUUUGUUAUAUUUGGGAUCAAAUGAACUCUUGCUUCUGACCAUGGUCCUUUGGUAUCUUUGUAACUGGGUUAAUGUUCACUGGUACUUUUGCAUUGUCUCUAUUGCUACUUACUUUAUCGUUUGGCUUGGAACAUUUUAUGAAGGUUUCUGUGUGUUUUUUUUUUGUCUUUUUCUUUCUUUGGGUUCCUUGGUUAGGUCUUUCUGGAGAUAUUAGUUUCUUGUGUGAACCUACAUGUCUGAUUAUG